CCCUCGCCCCGGCUCCCGGUGCCCGUCUCUAGCGCCGCCGGAGCCAGCGAGGGAGCCGGAGCGACAGGAGGAGGAGGAGGAGGCCACGUCGCCGCCGCUCGGAGCCCGGCCGGAGCCUCCCAGGUACAUGGUUCGGGUCCGAGCCGUGGUGAUGGCCCGAGAUGACUCCAGUGGGGGCUGGCUGCCUGUGGGGGGCGGGGGCCUCAGCCAGACCACAUUGGAGUGUACCCUGAGGCCAGGCUUGGUUUACAACAAGGUGAACCCCAUCUUCCAUCACUGGAGCCUUGGCGACUGCAAGUUCGGGCUGACGUUCCAGAGUCCUGCAGAGGCUGAUGAGUUCCAGAAGAGUCUGCUGGCCGCGCUGGCCGCGCUGGGUCGAGGCUCGCUCACCCCCUCUUCUUCCUCCUCCUCCUCCUCGCCUUCCCAGGACACCGCAGAGACUCCCUGCCCUCUGACGUCCCACGUGGACAGCGACUCCUCCUCCAGCCACAGCCGCCAGGAGACGCCUCCCAUCACCGCGGCGGCCUCCAUCGCCACCGUGGAGUCAGCUUCUGGCUUUGGGCCGGCCACGCCCCCCCAGCGCCGCCGCUCCUCCGCUCAGAGCUACCCACCGCUCCUACCGUUCACGGGGAUUCCGGAGCCCUCAGAGCCCCUGGGCGGAGCAGGGGGCCCGGGCUGGGGCGGCCGCGGCUAUGAGGAUUACCGGCGCGCCGGGCCGCCCGCGCCCCUCGCCCUGUCCACCUGCGUCGUGCGCUUCGCCAAGACCGGCGCUUUGCGGGGCGCAGCCCUGGGGCCCCCCGCGGCACUACCCGCCCCUCUCACCGAGGCUGCGCCCCCAGCGCCCCCGGCUCGCCCACCCCCGGGCCCCGGCCUGGCCCCUGCGCCGGCCAAGGCCUCCCCGGAGGCGGAGGAGGCGGCGCGCUGCGUGCACUGCCGCGCGCUCUUCCGCCGCCGCGCUGAUGGGCGAGGCGGCCGCUGCGCGGAGGCGCCGGACCCGGGUCGCGUGCUGGUGCGCCGGCUCAGCUGCCUGUGGUGCGCCGAGAGCUUGCUCUACCACUGCCUGUCGGACGCCGAGGGCGACUUCUCGGACCCGUGCGCCUGCGAGCCAGGCCACCCGCGCCCCGCCGCGCGCUGGGCCGCGCUGGCCGCGCUCUCCUUCGCCGUGCCCUGCCUCUGCUGCUACGCGCCCCUGCGCGCAUGCCACUGGGUCGCGGCGCGAUGCGGCUGCGCAGGCUGCGGGGGUCGCCACGAGGAGGCGGCGCGGUGAGGACGGCCUGAUGGGUCCCAUAGCCGGAUCGAGGACCCAAAAUAGAGGGUCCAGGACCCCGGACUCCAUUUGGACCCAAAACCCAAACCUAGGCACACUCGGAACUUGGAGCUUGAGUUUGGAUUGAGAGAACCCAGACCUGGAACCUGGACCCCAAAUCUAGGACUGAGAUACCGGAGACCCAGCUUCAUUGGGAUGUCUGUGCAAGAGGUUCCAGGCAUCCUGAGUUCUGGCGUCCCCAUACCCCCCCUGCCCCGCCUCGACACCGCCCCGACCGAGACUGAGGAGACUCCAGGCAACCUCAGACUACACCUCAGGCAGGCCGGGAAGCACACGGGUCCCUGAGACAGAGAGGGCCCUGAACCCAGUCAUGCCUGGCACCACAACCCCUCAGAUUACAGCCCCAGAAUUAGUCAGGAGUUGCCAAUAUCUGACCCUGCCUGUAUACAAUUACUCCCAGACCUUGAGACCACAGGGCCCAGAAUCACCCCAAAUGGUCCCUGAAUGCUCACCUGAAACCUGGGGUGCCUGUAUCUGAGGUGUUCUUGUAGCCCCAGGACCCCUGAGACACCAAACCCUCUUAAGAUGCCCUGAGUCCUUGGAGAUGCUCAAACAAAUGUUCUCUGACCAAAAUAACUUGGGAGACCCGUUUCAGAGUGCCCCCCACUCUCCGGAUCCACAUGUCAGACUCCUAAGAUGCUCUGGGAGUCAGGGAUCAAAGACCUCUGUAGACCCACCCAUCGCAAGCCAGUGUUCCCAGGAGCUCUGGACCUCGUAUAUAGGACUCUGAGGUGCCUAGUACCCCCAGAUGUAGGACUGAAGGCCACCAACACCUCAGGGCCCAAGACACUGGUCCCAAGUCCUCAGAUAGCUCUCUUCCAAUCCCCCUUGGACUUGGAUUUCAAGCCCCAGAAUGUCCUGGAAUCUUUGGCUUCCUUGUACCCACAGAUCCCCAAUCCCCUAAAGGCUGGGAGCUUCACUCCCAGAAGAUGGGAUGUUCAUGGCAACCCAGACCUCUGUCCCCUUGGCCCCCAGCCCCUGAGUGACCCCAAGGUGCUUUAGGAGCACUGGAUCCAUGACCCCAAAGUGCCAUUGACCCCCAAAUUCAGGGCUCAAGCCUGUACAACACUGGAAUUGUCCCCUGACACAAGACCUUGGUCACUCUGUGUCAGAAAUGGUCAGAUCUAAGGUGCCCCAGGACCCUAGCACCUUCAGAUCCCAGAUUUCUUUGGACUCAGAUGGCUCUAGCCUGGUACUCCCUUUGAGACCUGAGACCCCAAGGUCCCAGACUCUGGAAUCCUAGUCCCGGGGGCCCCAGCCCAAGCCCCCAUCAUCCCACAGAACUACUCCUUUACCCUAGGGGAAAAAGCCCCACCAUUCUGAGCUCAUGUUCCUGGAUUCCAGGACCAGUCAGGAGCUCCCCUGCUCCCAUCUCUGGGACUCAACCAUGGAUGAUUGUGCAGGCUGUUCACUGAGCAAAGGCACACGGCCAAAGUGGUGAGUGGGGCUGGAACUCACACCACACUCUGCUGGCCACACUGCCCUCAGAGGGAGGUGUGCUUUUUUCUAAGUUGCACAAAGGCACCUUGGGGCUAGGUACACACACACACA